CUUAUUCUCCCCACAUUCAUUGUUUAUUCCUCUAACACCAGUAUACGCCAAAUCCUCCCCCUCCCUCUGUCUGCCUCUUCUGCUAUAACCUGAAUGAAUGAGUCUCUCCUCCAUUUCUCUUCCUUGAAUCCUCUCCACCCCUUUUUCUCUCCUUGUAUUCUCUCCCUCUCUCUCCCUCCCUCCUUCCCUCCCUCUCCUCUGCACUGGCUCCCUUUCUAACCAUCAGACCAAACACAGCCUGGACCCCCAACCCUGCACCAGCCAUCAAACAGUUACAAACUAAGGCAUCCAGUACCACUUAAAUGACCCUCAACUGGUCAAGCUUGGCUGCUAGACAUCCUUUGAGUUUGGGAAUGGCCUAGGCUGGAUUCAAAGCCCCAACGUCAAUCAAUUAUUUCACUGUUCUGGCAGAGGCAAAGUGUAUGAUCUAAGAACAGCCACAUAAGAGGUCUGAGGAGGAACAUACUAUCCAAAAUUCACACCUGGACAUCAAGCAUCUUGUGAGAGCAGCAGAGACUGAGCCUGAUCCUAGUUUUAUCCAGUCAUGUAAUGCGGAGGUGUGCUAUGGAAUGUGGUCAGCUGACCUCUCAGUCAGUACGUCAAGUCACCAUAAUACGACACCCUGGAGCUGGCUUUGGAUUUGUAGCUGGAAGUGCACGGCCAGUCGUGGUUCGAUCAGUCAUUGCAGGAGGUCCCUCAGAAAAUAAACUACUUGCUGGAGAUCAGAUCUUGGCCAUUAAUCAAGAAGAUGUGAGUGAUGCUUCCCGGGAGAGAUUCAUAGAACUGGUCAGGAAUGCCAAAGAAUCCAUCACUCUGACAGUGCUGCACCCUCAUCAGUCUCCCAAAUCAGCAUUUAUUAGCGCAGCCAAGAAGGAAAAACUACGUUCAAACCCAGGGAGGGUUCGAUUCUCUGAGCUGGUCACUGUAGGGGAGGCAGAAGCAGACAUGCUUAAGAUGAAGGACUCACCUCCUCUUCUCCUUAUUCCAAAUGUCCUAAAAGUCUUUCUGGAGAAUGGACAGAUUAAAUCAUUCACGUUUGAUGGUCGUACUACAGUCAAGGAUGUCAUGGUCACUCUACAGGACAGACUAUCUCUACGCCAUCGUGAUCACUUCUCCCUUGUUCUGGAGUAUUCUUCAUCAGAGCAGUUCCGCAAAUUUCUGCUCUUACAGGACAAACUGCCGCUAGCUCAUGUUGUGCAUCGAACACACUAUCAAGGUAUGAGAUGUCUGUUUCGAGUCUGUUUCUUCCCAAAAGAACCUGCAGAAAUGCUGCACACUGAUCCAGCUGCAUUUGAAUAUUUGUAUAUACAGAGCCGAAAUGAUGUAAUCAGAGAACGACUUGGCACAGAGUUAAAGAAUGAACUGCUCCUAGUUCUCACUGCCCUCCAUAUAUACAUAAGUGUCAGCUCUUCUCGCCCGGGACAGAAGAUUUCACUGCGUGCUGUCGAAAAAGAGUGGGGUUUGGAUCCGUUCCUCCCACCCUCCCUCUUACAGGGUUACAAAGAGAAGUCUCUCCGGAAGGCAUUGGCUCAGCACCUUAAAAUUCACCAGAACCAGCUCUCUGGCAGCAAGGCAUCUGUGUUACAGGCAAAACUACGUUACCUACGCAUUCUUAAUGAGUUGCCAACAUUUGCCGGUGUCCUGUUCAACACUGUGGCCAUGGAUGAGAAGACUCCAGCAACUACACUUCUAGUUGGCCCUCGCCAUGGAAUUAGCCAUGUCAUUGAUCUGAGAACCAAUCUUACUACAGUUCUAUUUGAGUUCAGUCAGGUGUCAAAAGUUCAACUUUUUCGUGAAUCCCAAGGGGUGGCACGAGUGGAGAUUAGUGUCACUGACACCAAGGCCCUUGUAUUGCUUAUGGAAUGGCCUGAAGCUACUACUUUUUCCUGUUUGGUUGCUGGAUAUUAUCGACUCUUGGUAGACUCCAAAAAAGGGAUCUCAUACAGAGCAGCAGGUCACUUACCUCCUCAGAUUAUCAAGGCAGAUCGCCUCAGUUUGCCCACAGUGUCACGCAUGCCCUCAUCCAUCAAGGUCCCUCCAUCUUCCAGCCCCUCUACAGAAUCCCGCUAUUCGAAGGGACCCACACCUACUUCCUCUGUCCCAUUGGAGGACCCGGAGCCUGUCAGUCUGUGCUACCUCAACUUGCGUGGAAAGGAAGGAAGAGAUGUCAACCAGAAUCUUGUCACAGAGGAGGGUCGGCCCAGAACAAAAUCUGACCCAACCCCUAAGGUGUCAUCCAGCCAGCCUGUCAUGGAGGAGCAUGGGGAACCGUCCGAGGUCAGCAGGUCCCGUUCCUUCACAAUGGACACACAGGUGAAAAUAGAGAAUCCUCAAUUCUUCUGUGAUUCAUGUAAGGCCAAGAUGAAGAGCCGGCUGGGGGGAGGCGGUGGGGGUGUGAAGUGUGCAAACACAUGUGGAUCCCGCAAAUGCAGGGACAACACAGUUGACCUUAUGUCCUUACCGCCUCCUGAACUUGAGAAAGGGGAAGAAGAGCAGGAAGAGGAAGAAGGCAAGAUAGGUGCAACAGAGAGGGAGGUGACAAGCACAUCAUCCCUUCUUCCAGCUGCAGCUCCCCCUCCUCCAGGGUUUGGGGAUAAUAGUUCAGAUGAAGAUGAGCCCAAGCAAAGGGCAGGAAGAGUGCAGGAGAAAAUCAAGGGCCCGGAGAAGAGUAGUGAUACUCUACAACCUGGAUAUGAGGAUCUGCCAGUGACCUUGAUAGACAGUGUCCAGACAAGAACUGUCCGGGACCAUGCAAGAGAACUGGAUGAUGCAUUGGUAUCUACCCUGCAAGCACUGGAGGCUCUUGCUGCUUCUGAGGACUUCCCCACCCCAGCACCCCAGCCAACAACAGGUCUCAUUGUUUUAGCUGCCAUCACCCCUGAGUCUUCCCUGGACUCUGGUCAUGAAACCAAUUCUUCAGAGCUCACUGAUGUUUCAGAGAUGGUGACAGCAAUGAAGCAACAUCAUAAUACUGCAUAUAUCUUGGCCCAUCAUCUUAAUAAGGAAAGCCUUCUUUCCAGAAAGGAUCUACCCUUUCGCAUUCAGACAUGUGCUGCCCAAGCUGUCCUUGCCUCUCCUUAUACCCUAGGCUGUCAAGAAACCAGCCCUCUUGUUAAGUCCACAAUUCUCCAGCAGAGCAUUACAACAGCUGUAUCCAAGCAGGAGUCCAUUGUUAGAUCACCAAGUCCAUUAACUAAUCUAAAUGAUGAUAUAUCAAAACUGACAUCUCCUGUCGAAUCUAAGGAAGAAAAUGUCGGCUCUGCUCUCAUUCAGACACAAAAACCAUCACAAUCCCCUGGAAAGAAAAGCACCAGAUUCAUGCAAACUUCUAAUGAAGGCACUCCUGAGCCAGUCUCAUCUUCCUCUAACCCCAAGAUGUCCAGCAAUGGAAAUUCACAGUGCAAGGAGAAAGAUGUUGCAGAAAAUGCAAAGCCCACUGACAGUCCAUGUCAAUGUCGCCUUCCUCAAGGAGAGACACCUUUCGAUACAUUGGAAGAGGCUAGGAGUGGAGGACAUGAUGUUCUGCAUUUGUCUCCUACAGAUGAUGAGAGACUUCAUGCUAAAGCUUGCUCUGCACGCAAUUUGGAGGAACAAUGCCAAAGCCUUAAGCCUGUUGAAAAACAGGAGAUGGUAAAAGUUCAGAUGGUGGCAGCAGCCUCACCCAACUUUAAGGAUCAAAAGGAAGUUACUGAGAAGAGUGUCAAAGCAGAUAAGAAAUUAGAUAUGCCUGAUAAGUGUAUCAAAGUAGAACAAAAGUCCCCUGUGCCUAGUAGCAUCCUGCUUGUAGCAGAAAGUGCUAAGAUUACUUUAAAAACAGACACACAAACAAACACAGCGCCAAAAAGCUCUGAAAGGGUUCUUACUCCAAUUGAACUAGAUGAGUGUGAUGCACCAGCCAAGCCAAGGGCCCGGGCACCAUUUAGGCUAAGAAAACUUUUUUCUGCCACAUUCCCUACCCGUAUGAGGAGAGAAACAGAUGAGCGUCAGGCCCAACUACGCAAAGUCAAACAGUAUGAGAUGGAAUUCCUGGAAGAACUUCUAAAGCCCCAUGGCAAAAUGGGUACCCAGCGCAAAGAAAUCCAAUAUCCUUUGGUGCCUGGUCGAUGCUCCUGCCAAGUACGCAGCAGUCCUUUACAGAAAGUGCCAGGUAUGUCUCGCGAGCAGCGACGUAGCUGUGACUGUAAACGCAUCAUAAGAGGUAUUAGGAUCCCACCUAACCCUUCUCUGGAUCUGGAAACCAAAAACAAGCCAAAAGUACAUGAUUCAGAUCCCCCAAGACUUCGCCUUGUACGUUCCUCCAGUCUUGAGUCCCGUAGUACUGAGAAAAUGGAAUCAUUUCUGAACACAUGUACACCGCACACUGAUGACAGUAUUAGAUAUAAAAAGCUACCACCAAAAUCUGCAACUGAUGAAGUUGAAAAGAAUGAAUUAUCCAUUAGCACUUUCAGCAAGGUGCAUAAAAAAGAGAGUGAGUCUAAUCUGAAGACCAAAACACAAGAUGUACCAGAAGUUAGGGAGGAGAAGAAGAUGCUAGCUGUUCCCCCACGACAAGAAGAACUGUUUUCUGUCCAGACCAAAUUACCUGAAGAAGAGGGGGCAGUGCCAGGAGAUAAAUGUUGCUCUAUUCGACAUUGUUUCAAUUGUCGAAGGUGUUCAUCCACAGAGGAUGGCAGUGAGAGGGAUGAAUUAUCCUAUUCGAUCCCCAUGCAAAUCCUACCAGGGAUGAGAAUGAAUGCAGAGACAACCCCUGUGGUAAGUCAGGCCCUUCAGGUACUGGAUGCUACUGUUUGUACUGGCCCUGCAGAAAGUCAAACUCAAGAGAUUGAUCUUCGAACAGCAACCUUUGAGGGUAGCCUGGCAAAAGUCAGUGCCUUACGUGGCCGUUCCUAUUCCCUCCCUGAUGGUUUCACAUCUGUCCAACUUGACACUACUGAGCUGCUGACUGUUUUACGCCAGUGCCUGGUCAGCAGUGAAGCCGGAGACCCCAAAACAGACACAGUGAAUUUAAGCCAGCGGAAACAAGAGUUGACUAUGCGCUUCAAAGAAUUCCGGGCAUCAUGCAGAAGAGUGGCUGGUGUUGACAAGAGCCCAGAACACAUGCUAACUGCAAUAACGAGCAGUUUUCAAGUUCUCUGUGGUCUGAUUGAAACUUUUGUAAAACUUGUGUUUGUUGUCAGGUCAGAAGUACAGCGGCAGGAAUUACUUGCAAAGGUAGAGGAAGUAGUCAGAAAUUAUACUUUCCUCAUUAGGGCAGCAGAAGAGUCCAGUGCACGGACAGUUGGACUAAGCCGGACUGUAGUUGGUCAGCUAGCAAAGCAGUCAGCUACUGUAGCCACAGCAGUCAGCACUUUCUCCCGUUCCAUAAAGACUUUGAUGAGCAAAUAGAGAAACUGAGAUGUGUUAACCCUGUGAGAUGCACUUUUACAGCUGUGAGACGCAAGUCUGAUUUGAAUGGUGCUGCACAGUUUGAACUCUGCAUUCAUUAGAGAGAACACAAACAAUGAUAUAUUGAAUAUUAUAGUAAAAGUGGAAGUGUAUACCUGUGAGUGUAGUAACAAUAUGGCAGCACUGUGCACACAAACCAUUGCAGGGCUCUUUUGCUUGAGAAGAACACAAUGUAAAUAGGCUCCUCCAUAUGUAGAUGGAAAGGAACUAAAAAGAUGCUGGAAACUUCAGUAUCAGGUAAUCCUUGUAUAUAAAGCUACCAGUUCCACUGUGAUCAUAUAUGCUCUUUACCUACCCCUGUCUCACAUGUGAGGGAGACAAAUGCAAGGUGAGAGCAUGAUGAAGCAAACAAGAAUUCCCCUGGCUGGCAGAGGAUAAUGCGAAGUGCUGUGGUUUCUGCAGAAGCAGAGCCCAUAGAUCUAUGGCAGGCAAUGGGAAACCGCCAAUUUGCCAUAUAAUAUCUUACUGUUAGAAUCAUAUUUUACAUCGCAGAUCUGCCAUUUGUUCGUGCCUAUUUUGCCCAUUAUGUGCCAAGUCGUUAACAAUUUCUCAGACAAAAUGCCAUGAACAUUUGGAUAGAUGAUAGAUAGAUUUGAUAGUGAAUUGCAGCUUGGACAACUGAUAUUACCUUUCAUUGAAGGAGCAGGAACGUUUCAAAACAACAUUAUCUAAAAAUCUCAGCCUUAAUAUAGUCAGAAACAUAUUCCCCUAGCUCAGCCUCCUGUUGCUUAGUUUGCCUAUGAAAUGGCAAAGUGGUGUCACUGAAUGCAGUACCUGUUCCAAUCCUGUGCAGCUUCCUUUUCUCCCUGGGGCCAUGGGCAAAGACAUGCGCACUGCACAGCAGUUUUGAGCUUGUAUGUCCAGAAAUGAUUGAUCCUGUUAGCCCCGCCCACUUAAUCAUAUUGUUCAAUCGAAAGGCUCUUAUACUGUUUCUAGGCCAACACAAUAAACAAAGUCCUGCACAGCCCCUAUAGUUGCAGAGUUGAGAUCGUGUUUGAAAGGAAAGGAGCUGUAUAGGAGCAGAGUUGUGCCAGCUUUAAACUGCAUUAUACAUAUAUGCAGUGUAAGUUAGAUGAAAUUUAUUGUCUAAUAUUUGUGCUUGUUACACAAAUAUUGAGGAGCUGCGGGGGGAAGUGACAACAGCGCUUUUAAAAUGGCGUCGGCAAUCUCGGCAGAAAGAGGGAACUUAGAAGACUCAUAACUUCAUAAUAGAUGACUAAUACAGCGGAUCAGGAGGCACAUAUAUGGUAACAUUUAUACUAUUUCUUUCUAGAACCUUUCCUUGUCCUUUUAAGGAGAAUUCAAAACAUUUGUAAAAAAAAACCCCCAGGCUAACUGCCCCCCCCAGGGAAAUGCCCCAUACUUUAAACGCAGA